AAGCGAGCACCCCUGAUAUUUUCUAUUUAUUCAAUGAAUCCGUAAAGUGAGCAACUCCCCGUAAUAUGAAAGUAAACCCUCGCUCCUUGCGUGGAGUCCGCGAGUGCAACAGCUGUGGAGCCAUCAACGGCAAUCGUGCGCAGCUCUGCAACAACGCCGCCUGUCCACAAAACAAGAAUGUGCUCGAUGUGGUUUCUCUGGUGUCACUCAGCGCCGGGUCAACCAUCUGUUCGUUGCGCACUAAGGUGCGAGAGACACCUAGAAAUUUCGUGGUGAUCCAGGAUGUUACUCUAUCGCUGCAGCCGAAUGCUGCUGUGGUGUUUAGCAAGGCCAUCUGCUAUGUGGAGACCUGCAGGAACGCCAGCGCCAUCGAUUGCCAGCAUGUGAAGGCUUGCCGACAGCUUGGAUCGGCUAUACCCAUGGCUCAGGUGUACAAGGUUUCGCGGGAGGUACUAUGGAAUUUAAAUAUCGGACAGGAGCAGAAGCAGCAACUCUGGCAGCAGUACAAGUUUGCCGAGGAGCAGGAACAGCUGCCGGCAGUGCAGCGUCUGAAUGCAACAACCUUUGCGGUAAAAUGCGAGCGCUCGGAUUCGUUUCCGACUGCUAGGCUGCAUGUGACGGCCCUGGCCAACGGCGUAUCCCCCAAGAAGGGUACCAAUGCCUGUGCCUGUCGCAAGCUGAAGAUAAUUGUGGAGCCAGACAACUCGCUGGUCAUGCAGGACGAGAUCUGCGAUCACUUGCUGUUGGUGCUAGCUGGUAUACUCAGCUCGCCGCAGGGCAAACGAGUCUAUGGCAACUUCACCAACAGCCUAAAGACCUUUUGGAUGCCAUCCAGGCUGGAGACGCCGCUGGGCGAGGGCACACAGGAGGAUUUACGUCUCAGCCUGAGCAUGGUCGAUGAGUUUGAUCCACAGGUGGAUAUACUUGUGUUUGGCGAUCAUCUUGAUCUGCCCCUGCCAGACCUGUCCGAUGGCGCGUUCAACUUGGACAGCAUGCAGGCAGCCACAAGCAACCACAGCACCAGCAACAGUAGCAGUGCCCUCAUCCACUAUGCCAAUGAUUCGCAGCUCCUAUCGAACUGCGAUUUGUUCGCCGAGCCAGAGGAGCAGCACAUCCAGCUAACGGACUGCAAUAUCGAGCUAAUGGAUCAGUAUCAGCCCACGAAUCAGAUUGAUCUUGACAUCGAGCUGCCAAGUGAGCCCUACAACCGACUUACCGCUCCUUCCAUUUUUUCGGAGACGACGCCAGCCGUUGUCGCCGAACAACUGCCGUCGCUUGAGCUGCCUACGAUAGCGGUGGUCAAGAAGGCCAUCAAGGCAACUGAAAUCGUAGACGAGGUUAAAAGCCGCAAGCAACCUCCUCUUCCUGCCAAACGUGAUUUGAUUGUCAAUAGACCGUCAUCGCCGGCCAGCAAAAGUCUGUGUGUGGAUGCUGACGUGCAGCCAGCGUUGGCCUAUUCGGCUUGGCUGGACCAUGUGAUAGAGCUACUCAAUGAUUGCCUGGAGCCAGUGUGCACCACCGAGCCAGGGCUCUCGACACGCUCCAUACAACAGAGCUUUCAUGUGCACAAGGAGACCUUCUCGCACUUUUGCAAAAGCUUCAGUGCUGGCAUAAAGAGGCGUCCCGUCCACGAGGUUGCUAAGAUUGCCUCGGGAAAAUACAAGGGCUUGCCCAAAUACGUUUGGCAUUUCACAGCUGGUCACACGGUUACGCGCAUCUUCAGCACCUCUAACAUUAAAAUUCAGCUUUCGAGCUGCUUUGAGCGUCAUGAGGAUGGUUACUUUUUGCCUUAUGUGCGGCCACCCAUCGAGCAACUGGUCCAGGGCCAGCCCAAAAAGCGUCAAAUUUAUACCAGGCUGAAUCUGUGGGUGGCUAAAAUUGUGUUGGAAUCCGGCCUUCUGUUAUCCUGGACCCCGGAUGUGUUGCCUCGAAGCCACUUCGGCCUCAUGACUGUGGAAUUUACGGUGGAAACACGUUCACCCAGCUAAUAUGAAGCAUUUGUU